UUCGCGUGCAGCAAUUACUGGUUAUAAUUUACGCAUCCCGCGAUUUCUGCGGGCACGAACAUUUUUGUGCUGUAUACAUUGCUAUCCCGCGAUUUUCCCGUCCAAGCUAUCUGUGCUGCUUCCUUGACUUAGUUGAAUAUUUUCCCGCUAGAUGUCGCACAGUUCUUCGCCUAUAGUUGUUCAUUUCCUUGCUAGAUGGGACUGUGUAUUCAGGUUUUAUAGACGACUCGGGAAGAAAUAAACGCGCCAAAUUGUUUGUCUAUUAUUUCAUGUGUACAGGUGCUUUAUUUUCAAGUGAACCGUGAAUUCUUUUCAAUCAUUUUCAUCGUAUUGAAUCCUAUUUGUGUUAUGAAAUACUAACAAAAUUCACAAAUUUUUGUUUUGAGGUAAGUUUUAUGCUUUUUAGUUAUUUACAACUGCUGUAAUAAUGGUUCAGUAAAAUGUGUAUGUUUUGUCAUCAAUAUAAAUUGUACAUGAAGAAUAUGUAUGAUUUUAUAUAUAAAACUACUUAUAAAAUUUUCAUCUUUUCUUUUUGAAGUGUAAAUUUCUCAGUUUUGAUUGCAAAAUUGAGUAUGUGUUUUCAUAUAUUACAUUAGGAUUUUUGUAAUUUUGCUUCGAAUCUUGUACUUGCAAAUUACAAACUUCGGUCACUAUUACCGUAGUAAAAAAAAAUAUUCGCUCAGAUUGGAAAUUACAAAUAGCAAAUUCCUAAUUCAAUUGGAACAUGACCAGUGCAUUUGAAGUAUGAAUUUUCAUAUAAAUCUUCUAAUAAUAUUUAUUGAUGCGUCUGGUGCUACAUGAAUCUGUGGCAUAUUCAAAUUAGCACUUUGUCACGUGACUCAGUUUUGUUUUCAAUCUCAAUGACGUAAUUUCGUAUAUUGUUUUUGUCAGCUUCGAAAAAUACAAAUUACAAAUUCUGGGAAUAAACAAAUAACAAACAAAUGGUUCAGAUUGUAAGUGUGUGUUUUAUUUAUACUCUUUCCGUGUAGUAUGAAAUUUUUGACAUGUGCUGAAACAAACAUAAUAGAUACUUGUACAUAGGAAAAUUCUUACGAAACAUCAUUGUUUUAUUAUUUUUUAUCCAUUACUUCAUGAUAUUCACCUUCAAUAUUGUAAAUGUUUGUUGCAGAAAUUGUGCAAAAUGUGCUUCAUUAUCUGAAAUAGACUAUAUUAUAUCACAAUAAUCAGCUAUCAAAGGCAAGAUGUUCUUUGAAGCAUAUAUCAAAAAAAACUUUUCCCCUGUGUGAAACAAAUUGCAUGUUAAUGUUUUUCUUUAGUAAAUUUUCAUUUAUAGAGUACUAUGUCUGGAUUUAUUUCCAGAAAUCAUGCCGUGAGAUGGCUUCGAGUAGCAGAAAAAAUUUGAAGGACAGAAAUGAAACUGAUGGUGAAUCUGAUGACGAUAGUGAUUAUGUGCCUUGCUCCAAUGAAAAUGAUUCAGAUGCGGAUUCUGUCGACUUGGGUAGUGGUAGUGAUAGUAGUGACGAUUCAUCUAACAUUUCGGUUUCAAGUGCAGAUUUACUACUUCAAGAGAGUAGAGUGUGGUGUGAUGUGGACAUGCAGAACAUCCCUCCAGCACCACCAAGAUUUCUUUUUACAGGUUUGAGCAUGAAGUGCACGUCAGUAUCACCCAGUGGCAUAAUGAACUUUGACUAUGAGCACAGUGCUUUCUACCAGAAGAUACAGCUCAAGUUCUUUGAAGCUGUUGACAGUUACCAUCCCGAGAAUGUCGUGGCGGUGAGCCACAAGCACCCCUACCACGUGGACACGCUGAUACAGCUAUCGGACCUGUGCAAGCUGAGCGAAGACCUGCAGAUGGCCGCAGAGCUGAACGAGCGGGCGCUCUACUGCCUGGAGAGUGCCUUCCAUGCCAACUUCAACCCCACCACUGGCAGGUGCCGCCUCGACUACCGUCGCCAGGAGAACAGGGCGCUGUACGUGGCCCUGUUCAAACACGUGAUGUUCGUGGCCCAGCGCGGCUGCCUCCGCACGGCCCUCGAACUGAGCAAGCUCCUGCUGUCGCUGGACCCAGAGGGAGAUCCCAUGGGUGUACUGCUAUGCAUCGACCUGUUCGCACUGCGCUCGCAUGCCCACCAGUGGCUGGUCGACUUGUACCGCCUGUGGGAGCCGUCCCGCAACCUGUCCCAGCUGCCCAACCAUGCCUUCUCUGUGGCCAUGGCGCAGUUCCGUCUGGGAGCGCACUCCCACGCUGAUGCCCUGCUGCAGAACGCACUGCUCAUGUUCCCCGGGGUGCUGCCCCUGCUUCUGGACAAGUGCUCCGUGGAGGCGGCAGGGAGGAUCGCCAAGCAUCGCUUCUUCCGGCCCGAUGCCUCGGACAGCCAGUCGUUGAUGCAGUUGAUGCAGCUGUUUGUGCAUCGCAACCAUCUGCUGUGGAAGGAGCGCGCCGUGCUGGAUUGGCUGAUGGAGUGUGCGUCGCGGGUUGUGGAGCGUGUGGAUGCAGACGACCCCCUUGCUGCCGAGUGCUGUGCCAAAAGAGAGCUGCGCUACGUGGGCACGCCCCGCAAUGUGUUGCGGCACAUCUUGCUGUCCGACAUCAAGGAAGUUCAUCUCGUGCUGCCAGAGGUAGUGCAGGGUGGGGUGCUGGGCUUCGACCCUCUGCCGCCACUCGACUCGAAGGACCUGUACAGUCGUGUGGAGCGUCCCCGGCCACAGGACAAUGGCGGUGGUACCAACACCAGCACCGUGCUGGCCACCUUCUUCCGCUCUCUCAUGCCCACUUUCACCGUGGAGCAGCACGGCCAACGCGAAUACGACAUGGUCAUCCAGCCCGGCCACGGGGCGGAGGUGGUGGCGGAGGGAGGCGGAGGGGCAGCUGCCCUGGAGUUGCAGCAGAGCGUCACUUCACUGGUGGACGCCAUGCGCGACCUGCUGUCCAACGUGCGCUUGCCGCAGACCUCGCCUCCCGCCACCCUCCAUCAGCCCGCCGGCUCUGACUACGAGUCGGACGACUCGGGGGGUGAGGACUUCCGCUACUUCCACACCUUCGAUGACGACGAGCAACACUGAGGCUUUCACUGUCACCAUUUCUAGAAGGCACCAAGAUGAUUUCAGAAUUAUUAUAGAUCAGGAGUCAUGUCUUUGCAUCUUGCCAUACAUACAUCAUCCAAGUAAACUUAUUAUAAAUAUGUUCAAUCAAAGUCCUAUUCUUAAAAUAAUCGACUUUCUUUCGACCUCUACUGAAAAAUCUUGACAAACAAUCUGAUUUAUCCUGUUUUCUGUAACACCACAGAACUGUUGUUUUGAAAUCCCUGGUGAAAGUUUUGGCUUGAAAUUCAUUCUUAUGUUUAUUUCAAUGAAGCAAGUGCUCAGAAAUAUUUUGUCUGGUAAUUCCUCUACUGAAAAAAAAUUAGUGAGUGGGUUUAUUUAGCUCACGUCAGCCACUGAUCUGAUUUAAGAAACUGAGCGUAAGAACGAAAAAUUUUAUUUUAGUUGUUGGGUCCCAAAAAUAUAUGUCACUGCCAACUGCCUUCAGUCACCUCAAUAAAAUGUUUUGAAUGGACUGUCAAAGUUUAAACAAAUUUCAGAGUUUGUGAAAGUUUGUUUUCAAUACAAUGAUGGUUAAAAUGGAUGGUUGAGUCUCUACUUGAGAGAGUCUCUACUUGAGAAGAAAAAAAUAAAUUCAAAUUCCUAAAGUUACUUUAAGCACAAAUUUAUUUCAAUAAAUUAUGUACUGAAAUUGUUCAUGAUUAGAAGAGACUUAAAUAAAAAUCUCAGACUUAAGCUUCAAACAAGUUCGUAAAACUUUAAUUAUUGGCUGAAACACAUGUUUUGUAAAUUAAACAUUUCUAAACAUACAAAAAAUAGUCAAAAAAAAAUUUGAGUCUAAAUUUAAUUCAAAGUAUACUAUUAGAAGUAAAAAAAUUUCAGGGAUUAAAAAUUAUUAACAUUUUUUAAUAACUUUUUAUUUUUAUCCCUAUUUUUGUAAAGAUACUGGUACGUAUAUUGUUUUGUAAUUACCAGUUGAAAGUGAUGGUUACAUGUUAACGCUUAGUCUGUUUCUUUCCAAGUCUGUGUCCCAGACCGAUUGGGCAUGAACGACAAUUCCUAUGGCACAAUAAGAAUGCUUACUCAAACCUUAAAAUAGAGAAUGAAAUAAUGCCACCUCUAUGGGUUUCCAUCUCUGUUAAAUGUAGGCUUGGUCAAUAGGAACACUGCUCGGAUGAAGCAGUGUUCCAAAGCCAUAUUUAUGGAUGACUCUAUUUUUGGCGUAUUUAUCAGGUUAUACAUCAAAGUUAUGUAUUCCAAAGAGAGAGCUCACAGAAAUAAUGAGUGUUUCUUGGGAAAUUUUGACAUAACUAUUUUUACCCCUUUAAUAAUAUCUUAAGAAGGGUUAACUGCAUAUGGAUUAGUCAUCUUUAAAAUCCAUUUUAUAGAGAAUGUCAUACUUCCAAAUAUUUUUUUUUAUAAUUUUAUUUGUGAGAUACCCAGUGUGUUAUCGCACUGUUUGAAUAUUACCUCAAUCAAUCACUGUGACAUACUUCUGUUGGCGGCUGCACAUAGCUGUCUAAUUUUUACUCUCUCAUUAGUCAUUUUAGCUAAGCUCUUAUUGUUAAUUGUUCAACUGCCAGAACAUGCAUACUUGUUAGAACCUCAAUAUUCAUUUUUUAAAAAGCUCACAUUUUUCCAUAAGCAGUAAAAGAGAUGAGACCUGUUUCAUGCACCAGGUGUGUGCUAGGCAUAGUGAGACUCAGUUGGUCUCUGACGUGACCUAAAAUCUUUCUGCAUUGAUUGUAGCAACUCACUCAUACAACUUUACACUGCUACAAAAUUUUAUUCGGUUUUGAUAUUAAGUUUUCAUUAUGUUUGUAGAAAUCAAUAGUGGUAUCAGAAUUAGAGAAAUUGUAAGUGUAAGUUGCUGUAAAGAAAGUCACAUUGGUAUAGAUGACUAGUGUUUUUGAAUGUGUAAUUCAAAUCUGAAAUUUGCCCAUUAAGUAAAAAAUAAGUUAUGAUCCUGAAGUUUUAUUUAAUUCAAAUUUUUGAUUACUUUUAUCCACUUUAUAUACAGUAAAACCCUGCUAAGAAGUUUUUCAAGGGACUGGAUGCUUAAAAGGGAAAAGUAAUUUCCAACGUAAAAAUCUAUUUUACUCAAAUGCACUUACUAUCAUUGGCAUGCUGGAAUAACGGAAUAACUAAUGACAUAUUUUUUAUCAGUAAAUUGAAUUAUUAAAACUGUAUUUAAUUUAAUAAGCACAUUAAAAUUAGUAUUAUCAAAACACUAGCAAAAAAAGCAAUAACUAACAUUUAUUAUUUUAAGAAAUAUACGCAAAUAAUUCAAAGAAAGUAAUAGCUGGCGGUAUAUGGUUUACUUUGUUUUCGUCACGUGACUUCAAUUGGAAAAUUGGUGUACUGAUGGAACAGCCUCUAGUCCCUGAGAAUGCAAGCAGGUGAUUGGUCGUGCGGCGUGCGGCACAGGUUUCGAAGAUUGUUGGCGUUUCUCAUUCGUCAGUUAAGCCACGAAUGGGGAAAAUGUUCUGCAAGUGGAACAGCCUCUCAGACCAAACAAACGCAGGCAUAUGAUUCGUCGAAAUAUACACAAGUAACAGCGUGUGGCGUGCGGCGCAGGUUUCGACGAUCGUGCACGUUUCUCAUUUGUCACUCGAAAUGGCUCACAGAUAGAACAGCGUGUGGCGUCAGGCGCAGAUUUUUCGACGGUCUUGUUCUGUUCAAAUUAACUACCGUAUUGGCCCGAAUAUAAGGCGACCUGCAGUUUCAGGAGGCCAAACAAAAGUAAAAAUAAUUUUGGUAGAAUUUAAUGUGAAAAUUCAUGAGACAUACGUUUUGUGUUGAUAAACCCUUUUUGCAUUUAUAUAUACCGCAUUUAACUUUCCGUUUCACUUAAGCUACGUAUUAAUAUAUUUAGUAGUGUGUUAAACGUAACAAAGCAAACAAAGAAUGCAACUUGCCGGAACAAAACAAGUGGCUAGCUGCCAUGGUGAAGCAUACGGCCAUGAAUAACUUUGGUGACGUGACCACGAAUAUUUGUUCAUAUUACUCUCUGACAGAGAGUCUCUGUCCUAUGAAUUUUAAAGAAUAAUCUAUGAUAAUUAUGUUGUUUGAAAUGUUUUUACAUAAAUAAAGAGUGGAUUACUGUGAAAUUAUUAAAAUAGCUUUUGAAGCAACGUACCAAAUUCCUGUAAAUAUGGUGUCUUCGUGCGUGUUCGGCAAUGUUCAUUUUACAACAAACAAAUAUUGUGGAAAGACAGUUGGCAGCCGUAAAUUUCCAAACAUUACAUCCGAAAUGUUCAUAACAUUUUCUGUUUGUAAACGUAAACAAUUGUUCUGAAAAUAGUUGUGAUAUUUUAGUACAAAUAUUUCCGUUAAAAAUCUGAAAUUAAAUUACUGUAAAUGUUAACACGCGAUUGUACACAAAGUACAAAUAUGAAUUUUGUAAUAAAAGGUUGCCAUUUUGAGAUGCUUCAACAUUCACAUUUUUACUCAAGAACAAAUAUUUUAAUUUUCAACUUUAAACAAUUGUGAAUUACUGCAAUAUUGGGUGGAUUUAUCGUUUUCCCCGUGUGAGGUAACGAAGUUUUAGUUAAUAUAAAAAAUCGUGAACAUUUUGUUUAACAAUGUUUCUACUGUAGCUUUCAGCUUGGAACUAAUGUUUGCGGUGCUGACGUCUUGGGUGCGAAAAUAAGGCGUCUCGCAAUUUUCGCAUCUCGUUUAUGUAAAAAUGGCCGCCUUAUAUUCGGACCAAUGCGGUAUUAAAGGUUUGGAAAUAUGUAAAUUUUUAAAAUUAACGUUAAAAAUUGUUCAAAAGCUUAAAGAUAAACGAUAUUAUUUUAUUUUUUUCCCACAAACGCUGAACGUUAUAUGCGGGAAGCAAAUAUAAAGACAAACGUUAUGAAAGGGAAAUAUUAACAUAGGGAUAUAUGGAAGUGAUCAAGGGAAUAAUUUUUUGAACUUAAUAAACGGGAAAACGUGUUACGCAGGAACGUCUUAAGUGAGUUUUACUGUAUAUAGAAGUGAGUCAUUGUUAUCGUAGGAUAGUUUUUUUUAACAGCAUAUCUUUUGAUCUUUUUUAAAACUUUUAAAAUAAUCAUAUUUAUUUAUUAAAAUUAAUCCUGCAACAUCCAUCUAUCCAUGCAAAUUAAAUUAUUUUUCCUGUAAUUUUAUUUUUUUAUUACAUUUCAGAAAUCACAACUAGUUAUUCAUUUAGUUGCAGGUUAUGUGAAGUUAGUAUUUUAUAUUUAAUUCACUAUUUAUAUUUUUACAUAAAAGAGCCUUAAAAUAAAAAUUUGUUUGUAAGAAAAAUCAGUCAUUUUUGCAACACACACAUAAUUUAAGUAAUUUAACCUAUUUUAGAAGUUUUCCUUGUUAAGUUCAUCAAACAUUAAUAAUUUCAAAAGAGGAUUUUGCUGUACCUUAACGGUAGUGUGCUGUAUUUUGUACUCUGAACAGAAAUUAAAUUUGGACAUUUAAUUGAAUGUGUCUAUUGUGAGUGAUUUGUGGGAAAAUGUUAUGACUUAUCUUAUCUAUCAUGUUUAAGUUAACAGUUUGUGUGCUUUGUGCAAAAAUAUUUUUUUUAAUAUAAUUUUUUUUCUUAUAACCAGUAUGUUUAAUUUUUUUAAAUUUAUUCUUCAUAUUUGUAGCAACUUUAGUGAAGUUUAAAACAUUAUUUAAAUUAGUGUCUAAAAAGUUUUUAAAUGUUGUAAUAUAUUAUUAUUUUUAUACAGAGGUUUUGUAAGGUAGUUGUACACAUUACGAGUGCCUUUUAAUUUUAUGGUUGUCAGAUUUAAUAAGUUACUUUUUAUUUUUAAGUGAUUAUUGUGUACUAUAAUGUUAAGAAUAAAACAGAAAAAUGUUGAUAUUUAAA